GGUUUUUAAUUUAUAAAUUGCGGCGAAGGCGCUUGUCCUCUUUCGAGGUAGUAGAGUCAUUCUUACAAAGUGACAACAAGCUCGUUCCAAUCAGGUAUUCCUACUCGGACAUAAAGAAGAUGACUAAAAAUUUUGAAGAUAAACUAGGCCAAGGGGGCUUUGGUUCUGUUUACAAGGGAAAGCUUCAAAGUGGCAAUCUUGUUGCAGUCAAAUUGCUCGGAAAAUCUGAAACUAAUGGGCAAGACUUCAUCAAUGAAAUAGCAACUAUUGGAAGGAUCCAUCAUGUAAACAUUGUCCAACUUGUUGGAUACUGUGCUGAAAGAUCCAAGCGAGCCAUCAUUUUUGAUUUCAUGCCAAAUGGUUCCCUUGACAAGUAUAUUUUUAACCAAGAAAAAGCAUCUUCAUUGGACUGGAACACGAAAUUUAAGAUUGCAGUUGAAGUGGCUCGAGGGAUUGAGUAUUUGCACCAUGGAUGUGAUAUCCAGAUCUUACAUUUUGACAUCAAACCUCACAAUAUACUUCUUGAUGAUAAGUUUGUGCCAAAAAUAUCAGAUUUUGGGCUUGCAAAAUUAUGCGCCGCAAACAAGGAGGCUUUGACGUUGACGUCUGUCAGAGGAACCGUGGGGUAUGUUGCUCCUGAACUUAUUAAUAGAAGUAUUGGUGCAGUGUCUUACAAGGCUGAUGUUUAUAGUUUUGGAAUGUUGUUGAUGGAAAUGGCAAGUUUAAACAAAAACUUAGCACGAAACAACGAUGAAUCAAGUAAGUAUUUCCCAAACUGGAUAUACGACCGCUUGAACCAAGGUAGGGACAUUGACAUUGGACAUGUUGAUGAAAAUGGCGAUAGAUACAUUGGUCGGAAGAUUACUAUUGUUGCAUUAUGGUGCAUACAAAUGAGUCCAGACAAUCGUCCAUCAAUGAAGAAGGUGUUGGAGAUGUUAGAAGGUGAUCUCGAACAUUUGCAAAUUCCUGAUUAUCCAAUGUAUAUGGCAGGAAAUGAGGAAGAAAGUUGGGCUAUAGAUUCAAAUGCUUCCAUACCAUUGUUACAUGAUAACAAUGAUAGCAACAUUAUUGAGAUUAUUAGUAAUGCUUGAAUUUGAGGUAUCAUCCAUUUUCACUUUGAAACAAGUUAGACUUUGUUGUGUAUUUGUGAUUUGUUCAUAUUCAGAUGUAACAUGAAUUGAAUUACCUUAUUGUUAGUUAGUUA